CAGAGCAAGGUGAAGUCAAAAAAUCUAUAAAACUAUCAGGAUUGAACCUAUUUGUUGAAUCUAAAGCAGCGGAGUCUUCUUUCCAGAAUGAAAAUUGAUAUUCACAGUCACAUACUUCCAAAGGAAUGGCCAGAUCUCAAACAGAGAUAUGGUUACGGAGGAUGGAUCCAGAUGCAGCAUCACUGCCAGGAUCAGGCAAAUAUGAUUAAGGAUGGCAAGAUGUUCCGUGUUGUGGAAUCCAACUGCUGGGAUCCUGAAGUGAGGCUGAAAGAAAUGGAUAAGUCAGGAGUAACAGUGCAAGCGCUCUCUACAGUUCCUGUAAUGUUCAGCUACUGGGCAAAACCCCAGGAUACACUUGACCUAUCACAGUUUUUAAAUGAUGACAUAGCAUCCAUUGUUCGGAAGUAUCCAAAAAGAUUUGUAGGGCUUGGAACUCUACCGAUGCAGGCUCCCGACCUGGCAGUGCAAGAAAUGCAUCGCUGUGUGAAGGAGCUUCGAUUUCCAGGAGUACAGAUUGGAUCCCACAUCAACCAAUGGGAUCUGAAUUCACCUGAACUUUACCCAGUUUAUACUGCUGCUGAAGAAUUAAACUGUUCAAUCUUUGUACAUCCCUGGGAUAUGCAAAUUGAUGGAAGAAUGUCCAAAUACUGGUUGCCCUGGCUGGUAGGUAUGCCAGCUGAAACAACAACCGCCAUAUGCUGUAUGAUCAUGGGUGGAAUAUUUGAAAGGUUUCCAAAACUUAAGGUCUGCUUUGCACAUGGAGGCGGAGCCUUCCCAUACACAAUUGGACGCAUUAAUCAUGGGUUCAAGGUACGACCCGAUUUGUGUGCUGUUGAUAACAGGAAAGCUCCAGAAAAGUAUCUUGGUUCUUUUUACACAGAUUCAUUAGUUCAUGAUCCCCAGGCAUUAAAACAUCUUGUAGAUGUGAUAGGGGAGGAUAAAGUGCUUUUGGGAACCGACUACCCUUUCCCUUUAGGAGAACAUAUUCCAGGACAACUGAUUGAAUCUAUUGAAGAAUUUGAUGGACGACUGAAAGACAGACUUUUGGCUGGCAAUGCAUUAUCUUUCCUUGGACUUGAAAGAACACUGUUUAAUUGACAGCAAGAGUUGUGGAAGAGAACACUUCAAUGAAAAUUUAUAUAUGUAUUACCUGUAUUAUUUACAUAAUAGUGUUUACAUUAAAGGGAUAUGAUACCCAAAAUGUAUUAUCCAAAUUUGCUUCAUUCUCAUGGUAUUCUUUAUUGAAGAGAUACUUAAGUAGGUGUCAGGAGCACUGCAUGGCAAGAAAACAGUGCUGCUAUCUAGUGCUCUUGCAAAGCUUUUGCUAUAUAGUGCUCCAGAAAUGGGCAGGCUCCUAAGCUUAUGUCCCUGCUUUUAAAACAAAGAUACCAAGAGAACAAAUAAAAAUUGAUAAUAGAAAUAAAUAAGAAAGUUGUUUAAAAUUAAAUGUUCUAGUUAAAUUAUGAAAGACAAAUGUUGGGAUUUGUUUCCCUUUAAUAACAUAUUAAAUGGUUUUACAUUAUUAAAUGUU